GCUUUUGACGUAUUACCACGAAUAGAACUGUCAAAUAAUCAAGACCAAUAUUAUCAACAAAUCUUCAAAAUGAUGUUAAUAUAAUUGUUUAACCACGUUUAUAUUAUUAAAAAAUGGCGGAAGAAUUAAAAAAAUACCUUAAUCAGCUGCUCCAGAGGGUUAAUGGUUUGUUAUGUAUUCUCAUAACAGAUAGGGAUGGCGUACCAUUAUUAAUUGCUUCCGAAAGAGCCCCUGAGCUGUCUAUGAGGCCAGGUUUUCUAUCAACUUUUGGCAUGGCUACAGACCAAGCUAGUAAAUUAGGUCUAGGUCGUAAUAAAACAGUUAUUUGUAUGUACUCAAAUUAUCAG